GGGCGCUAUUCGCUAAUAUGUCCUUUGCUUCCUUUCUAACAUUGUCCAAUCCUUGGAAAAACGCGUAUGGGUAUUUAAUUACAUCUAGAUCUAGACAAGGUCUCGUGCCAAUAUUCACACAACGGCGCCACUCUGAACAUUGUCCACCUGUAUGACUCGGAUCUCGCAAUGGCUGAAGACGAUACAGUAUCGACCUUUUCUUACGACGGUGAGGCGGACUCUGACACAUUCAGCCUUUAUCAGUUAGGGGUUGCGGUCAACUCCCACUUCGGCAAGGCUUGUAAUCUUAAGAAGUUAGCGGAGGGCGGUUAUCAUAAGGUGUACGAUGUUCAUCAGGAAGAUGGAACAUCACUUGGUGUCGUCCGUGUCGCAGCGCCUGCCUUUCCGAAGGACAAGCUAGAGUCAGAGGUUGCGACUCUCAAACACCUUGCUUCACAAACUCAGAUCCCCAUUCCUCAGGUUUACGCGUGGAAUUCGGAUGCUUCCAACCCUGUCGGAGCGGAGUAUAUGAUCAUGCAAAAAGUACCAGGUAUUUCAGCUAACACAAAAUGGGACACCCUCUCGAUGAACGUGAAAGAGCGUGUGGUAUCGCAAGUUGCAGAGUACCUGAAGGUCAUGUUUGAGUUGCGCUUCGAUCGCGCAGGAGCCCUCUAUCUUUCUUCCCCCCCAGAAGAUGAUGUCUAUGUCGGGCCAAUCGUUAGUGUACCCUUCUAUCGUGCAGCCGACGGUAUCGUUCGUGUGCCUGAGGCUGAGCCUCCAUUACACACCGAGCUUUCUCAAUACCGAGGACCUUUUUCAAAUACCUCUGACUAUCUUCAAAGCUUCCUUCACGCUGAACUCCAUGUUCUUUCCCACCAUCGUUCUGUAGUUUUGUCCGGGCUGGAGGAACAGGAGGCAGAUCAAGAGGUGGCUGCCAGUCGACUUGAACUUGGGGAACGUAUUCUUCGCAAGGCUCUUGAACUGUGCUCCGUCUAUCCGGGGAAUAAUCAGCCCGGUGGAGCGAUAAGUACAUCGAUGAAACCAUUUUCAAUACACCUCGACGAUUUCCGCUUGUCGAAUAUCAUGAUCGACGAGAAAUCCGGAGAUGUGACGAGUCUCAUUGAUUUCGAAGGAGCAACUAUCGCACCUCUCUGGGAGUGCGCCGUUAUACCUGCAUGGAUACAGGAUCCGGAUGAUCAAGAAGGUGGCUAUGAAGGCGGCCCUGCGGAAGAUAGGGAAAGAUUGCGCGAGAUCUUUUGCAAGGUCAUGGAUAGCAGGGAGUGGAGUGUAUUAUAUGAGCAAGGAAAACUAUUCCGACAUUUUAGAUUGUGGCUAUCACUCCAAGUUUCUUGUUGGGCUUCGGAAGGUAUGGAGGAAUGGGUGGAUAAGAGGUUUGCUUGGGCAAAGUUACAUCCGGGAGUCGCUUUGCCGGAAGACGACUACUGAUAAGGUACAAAAUGGUUGCAGACAGGUUGAAAGUCUUGUUGAGCACAGAACUGUAGACUUAGUGACUCCAACUCAGCUACCAUACGUUGUCUUAUAUAAGGACCACCCGUGGAGUCGACGUCAACUAUGUGUCGAGGAAAUGAUCGGCAGGAUUCAA